AUGGAUGAAGAUUAAAAAGAAUAAAGUAAUGAGAUUUAAAUGAAACGGGCAGAUUCUUAGUCAGGAGUACUAGAUAUGUAACCACCUUAGAUAGGUGUAGAAUAAACAGCUUAGCAAGUACAGGAGGCGGAUUAGGAAGAUGAUGAUUGUAAGUUUGAUUUUCUAUUUUUAAAUUAGAAGUUGUAUAGACUUAAGUUGUGUAGGGAGAUCAAUAGGUAGUUUAAAAGAAUGGAACUUAGAAUGGAGCCCAGAAUGGAAUGAAUUCUCAAUCUAAUAUUCAUUAAUCAGCAAUAAUAAAUAAACAUGUUUAGGACAUGUUGGAUUAAUCAGUUUAUUAAGUUCCAGGGUAAAUUGAAGAAGAUUAAGCAAAGGAGGAACCAGCUAAUCCUAUAUUAGAUUUAUUAGCUGAAGAUUACUACCCUCCAAAUGAUUGGCAGGCAGAAAAUUAAGAAUAGAUACAACCUUUGAUUCAUCCUGACACAAUUUAAUUCCAUGAUUGCUUUGGAAUGGAUUCAAAUAAGAAAAGCAAUUUAUGGUUGAUAGAUUCAUAAACUUUUGUGUAUGCAAGUAGUAUCAGUUACCAUUUUUAUAAUUUUGUAUAAGGAACAAAUGAGAUAUUUUUCAGUAGAGAUGGAGGUGGUAUUGGAAGUGUAGCAGUCCAUCCAUCAAGAAAAUAUUAUUCAGUGGCAGAGAAAGGAACAUUUCCUAAUGUUUACAUUUAUGAUGUGACUCAUAGAUUGUAUAGAAUAUUAAUGAAGGGAACUGAAAGAUCAUAUUCAAAUUCAAGUUUUUCUAAGGAUGGAGAUAAAUUUGCAACUGUAGGUUCUUCUCCUGAUUAUUAAAUCUGUAUUUGGGAUUGGAGAUAAGAGAAGAUUUUAUUGAAGGCUAAAGCAUUUUCAUAAGAAGUUUAUAAAGUAGGAUUUUCUGAAUAUAAUGUGAAUUAAUUGUCUACAAGUGGUAUGGGUCAUAUUAAAUUUUGGAAGGUGGCAGAAACAUUUACAGGACUUAAAUUAAAAGGUGAAAUUGCAAAGUUUGGUUAAGUUGAAUUAUCAGAUGUGUAUGCUUUUUACCCAUUUCCUGAUGGUAAAGUAUUGAGUGGAACUGAAUAUGGUCGUUUAAUUUUAUGGGAAGGUAAUGUAAUAAAAGUGGUUAUUGGAAUUUCUGAAGAGGAACCAUGUCAUAAAGGAGCUAUUGAAUCUAUAUUUUUAUAUAAGGAUUGUAUAAUAAGUGGUGGAAAAGAUGGAUUUCUACGAUCUUGGAAAUUAACAGAAUUGGAUCAAGCUGAAGGAGAUGAUUAACUCAAUUAUUUUACUUAACCUUUAAAAUCAUUAGAAUUGGUUGAUGAUGGAGAAAAUGCAUAAAUAAUUUAAGUAGUUACUGAUGAGCAUUUUUGGUUAGUUGGUGAUUAAGGAGGUAGAGUUUGGAGAGUUGAUUGGGAAACAGGAAAGAAGGAAAUAGUAUAUAGAAACAAUUCUGGUGCCUAUUUGGAUCUUGCACCUUCUCCUUAAUUAAAUGCUGCAAUAACUGUUGGUGAUGAUGGAGCAAUUACAUUGUGGGAUUAUGUUAAGAGUGAAUAAACAUACAAACGUAAAUUUGCUAAGAAAGCUACUUGUAUCUAAUGGAUGCCAUUUACUAUGACUAAUAAAGGUAGGGUAAUUGUUGUUGGAUAUAGUAAUGGUAUUGUUAGAUUUUUAUUACUCAAUUAGGAUAAUUUUAUUUUAUUAAAUGUUUAAAAAGUACAUCCAAAUCCUAUUUAAAAAAUAAUUGUAGCUAGUAAUACAAAUUAUGUAGCUGUUUUAUCAACAAAAGGUGAGAUCUUCUUUCUUAAAUAUUCUGAUUCCAAUAUUCAAGAUAUAUAAGCAUAUUGUUUAUGGGAAACAAAACUUAGUAUAAAUGAUUUUUGUUUUGAUAAAACUGGAACUAAAAUUUUAAUGGCAUGCAAAGAUGGUUAUCUUUAUGAAGCUGCAGUACCAAAUGAUGUUGAUAAUAGUGAAAAUUACCUAUAAGAAUUUAAUGCUAAUAAAUAUUUAGUUAGAAUGAUGGAAUCUUAAAAACCUAAAAAAGAGGAUCUUGAUUUAUAAUUUUUAAUGAAAUUAAAGGAUGAUAAAAUGCCAGAUGUAGAGUGGGAUCCUGCUAGUGUAAUGAAUGUUGCAUAUUAUGGAGAUAAGGUAUUUUGUACUGCAGAAGGAAAAUACUUAGGUUGUUGUUAUAUUAUCGAUCUUAAUAAAGAUAGACCAAUAGAAAUGAUUCCAAUAUAAAAAAUGUAGACUUUUCAUUUGGAUUAUAAAGAUGAUGUAUUGACAAUAGGAUAUAAAAAUGGAUAAUGGGAUGUUCGUCAUAAAACAGAUUUUAAUAAAUAGAUUAAUAAAUAAUCUCAUGAUAUGGAUUAUGGUCGGGUUCGUAAAGUAAGUUUAACUUUUGAUAGAACAGGAGUGUUAAGUGUGAGUGAUGAUGGAACAUUCUAUGUUUAUAAAAUAGAUUUCUAAAGUUUCUUAAUGUAAUUGAGUGGCACUGAAAUUACAGAAUUCUAAUACCCAGAAUUUACAAUGGGAAUUAAUAGUGGAACAUUUGCAGAAGAAAUUCCUUAUGAAGAAACUCAAGAUAUUUUAGAUGAUACUAUAUAUUCAAUACAAUAAGCAAAAUUAUUAGCUGAAGAAGAUAAUCGUAGAAAUGAGGCUAAUAAAAAGAAAGAGACUGUUAAAUCACGUAUUUUGUAAUUAAGAGAACAAUUUUCUUAAAUGAGACAGAAGAAUUAGACAGCAGAAGAUGCUGCUAAAUUGACUGAGGAUGAAUUAUGUGUGGAUCCUGAAUAUAAAUAGAUGUUGUUGGAUAGAGUAGCAGAAGAUGUAGAGGAAACCAGAUUAGAAUUAGAGUGGGAUAGAACUUUAGCAAAAAUGAAGGCUGAUAAAUUAAAAGCCUAUAUGAUUGAUGAACUUGAAAUAGACAAAUUUAUGGUUAAAGGAUUCAGAAAUUAAGCUUCUGUUUAGACAUUCAAAGUCAAAAAAUUAAGCAAUUUUCUUAUUGAAUAAUUGAAAGAAACCUAUCGUUUAAUAGAAGAGGAACGAAAGAAUUAAGAAAAUCAACCUUAAAUUGAGAAUAAAACUUAAGAGAAAAUUUAAGCAUAAUCUUAAGUUAAGAUUACUGCAGUUGAUAUGAAAGAAGAUUAGUAAAAAGCUACAAUUUAAUAAAUGGAUCCUGAUUAAAAAGUACCAUAAGCUAAAUUGGAGAGGGAAAGAUUACGUUAAGAAGAGGAAAGAAUUAAGAAGGAGUAAGAAUUGCUUGAGAAAUCAAAACCUAUUGAAUUGGCAAAACCAGAAAAUGCACCAGAUAUUUAAGAAGCCAUAAAAUAAUAUGGUGAUUAUAAAUUAAAGAGUUCUCCUAAUUAUGAAGUGCCUGAUAAUUAGAGAAUGAAUGUAAGUAAGAAAAGAAAACAUAUGUAUAUGUUAGAAGAAUUCAUUUAUAAUACUAAAUUGAAAUUCAAUUAAUAAUUAUUAAAUUUAAAAAAAAGAAAAGUGAAUUUGAUAGAUAAAAUUAAAAAAUAUAAUUAAUAAAUAAAGAAAAUUAAUGAAUAAUUAGGAAAGUAAGAACAAUUAUUUUAACCAGAAAUUGAUAAAGAAUUAGAAGAUCCCCAUAGUUUUAUGGAAAUUAGUGAUGAAUAAAUUAAUGAAUUUAUUAGUAAAUUGUAAUAAUAAUAAUAAAAGAAGGAUGAGUAAAAGAGAAUUGCUCCUGCUCAAAUUUCAAAACCAGCUGAAUAAAAUUAAAUUAAGACAAGAAAAGGAAUUAGAGUUUAAUAAUCAAGUUUAGAAGAAGAGAUGAAGACUAUUCAAGAUAUGGUAUUAAAUGCAGAAAAAUAAAGAAUGAUUGAAGAGAUGUAGGAAGAAAUCAUUCAAUUUGAUAAAGAUGUUGUUAAAUGUUAAAAUGAAAAGAAUGUUCUUGAAAGUGAUAUGUUAAUAGCUUAGAUGAAAUUAGUAACAUAUUAUUAAGAAUUAAUCAUUUUAGAAGAUAUGGAAGAUUUUGAUAAUAAAUUAAUAAAGGAAGUUUUAGAUUUUAAAAAGGAAAAAUAGAAUUUGGAAUAAUAAGUUGAAAAGAUUUUGGAAAAUCUUGCAACAUUAUAGAAAAAGGAAUAAUAAAAUGAUAAAGAUUUAAUAGAAUAAUUAAAGGCAUGGAAAGAAUUAGUACAUCCAGAUGAUGAAUAAAAGAGAAAUAAAAUUCAUGAUUAUUAUCGUAAGAAAUUCAAAAGAGAAAUGUUAAAGAGAUUGAAGAAAUAAUAAGAAAAGGAACAUUCAGAUUCUGAAGAGAAUGAAGAUGAUGAAGAAAAUGAAGAUGAUAAUGAUGAUGAUAUUGUAUCUGAUGAUGAUGAAGAAGAAAAACCUGAUAUCUCUCCUGUUGAAUAAGAUCCAAAAGUCAGAGAUGUUAUUGAGAAAAUAUGUGGAUUGGAAGAAUAAUAAGAUAAUUUCAAAUAGGAAAAAAUAUAAAAUGAAUAAUAAAAGUCUAAAUUAGCUAAUAAGAUUGCUUAGAAUGAUAUAUAUUUAAAAAGAGCUAAUGAUGAUUUGACAUAAUAUUAAAGGAAGAAAUUGUAAAGAGUUAAUCAAUUGGAUGUUAGUUUUGUAUUGAAAUUAUCAUAAGUUUAAAAUCUUAAUGAUCAAAAAUAAUUACCUGCUGAUCUUAAUAAAUCUAUAUUAUUUACUGAAUAUGAUUUUUUCAAACUUUGUAAAAGAGUUAUUGAAUUGAAACAUGAACAAGGAAAAAUUACAAAAUAAAAAGCAUAAAAAGAUAAAACUAAGAAAAUGUAAGAGAAAGAAAUUAAAUUAAAAGAUCUAAGAAUUGAAGAUUUGAAUAAAAAAUAUGAAGAAAAACAUAUGCUUAAAUUUGGAGAUAUUAUUGAUCUCAAAAUACUUGAUGCUUUAGAACCAACUAAAGCAGUUUUAGAUAUGAGAGCAUAAUUCAAUUUAGAAGAAAAAGAAGCUCAAAGAAAGGUUUCUAGAGCUAAGGAAGAAUUAUCUAAAGUUAAAUAAUAAUUAUUAGAAGUAAAGAGAGAAAAUACUAAGAUUUUUACAAAUAUAACAAAAUUAGGAAAAUAACAAAUGGAUUUAAGUAAAAAACUAACUUCUGGAAAUAAAUAAUUGUUUAAGGGUGAUAAUAAAGAGAAAAGAUCAGAUAUGGAUAGUGAUAGAUAGAGUUUAGAGGAUCUUGUUAAAUUUUUAGGUAAAGAGAUUGAAGACUUAAAAAAUGAGAUUGGAUUAUAUAAAAAGAAAGGUAUAUUAUUCAAAUAAAUAAUUAGGUGGACAUAUUUAUACAAGUAUUACAUAAACAAAUCAAAACUUUGUUUAAAGAUGA